CUGGGACAUGGCAGCCUUGGAUUCGUAACCGUCAACAAGCGGUUCUCUCGUGAGUUGCGUGUGGCCACCAGCCAUCGCCACGAUGAUGGAGAACGUCCACCUGGCCGACGAGGACGACCUCUACUCCGGCUAUGACUACAAUCCGGCCUUCGACACCGAGGAGCUCGACAACGACCCCGGCUUCCAGCAGGCGGUGCGGACGAGCCACGGAAGACGGCCUCCGAUGACGGCCAAAUUUCCUGGCACAUCCACCGGAGGACGGCCCGUGGGCACCUCCUUCGGGCUCCGGAACCCGAUGGCAUCGUCUCUGGGGCGGCCCAUGACGGGCGCCGUGCAGGACGGAGCCGCUCGACCGAUGACCGCGGUACGAGCAGCUGGGUACUCCUCGACGAUGGCCAGGGGCUCCACCUUUGACCCCCUGGGACAGUCGAAAGGAGCCGCCCCCCCCCUCGAGUCCCGCAAUGACGACACACCGGAGGAGAAGAUAAAGAUCCUGGAGAAGAAGGUGAACGAUCUCAUAGAGGAGAGCUGCAUGGCGCAGAGUCGGGGAGACAUGCAGCUCGCUCUGGACAAGGCCAAGGAGGCCGGGCGCAAGGAGAGGGCGCUGGUGAGACAGCGGGAGCAGACGGGGACGGCUGACCACAUCAACCUGGACCUGACUUACUCCGUGAGUCACCCGCAGCCUCCCCUCCCAGGGGGGGUCGACACGAAGGAUGUGUGCCGGUGCGCUGAGUGCCAACGGUCUCCCUUCCCACCCCAGGUGCUGUUCAACUUGGCCACCCAGUACGCCAACAACGACAUGUUCCCUGAGGCUCUGAACACCUACCAGGUCAUCGUGAAGAACAAGAUGUUCAGCAACGCAGGGCGGUUGAAGGUCAACAUGGGGAACAUCUACUUCAAGCAGAAGAACUACCCAAAGGCCAUCAAGUUCUACCGCAUGGCGCUGGACCAGAUUUCCAACGCUCACAAGGAGAUGCGCAUUAAGAUCAUGCAGAACAUAGGCGUGGUCUUCAUCCGCAUGGGCCAGUACUCGGACGCCAUCACCUCCUUCGAGCACAUCAUGAGCGAGAGCCCCAACAUCAGGACGGGCUUCAACCUCAUCCUGUGCUACUACGCUGUCGGCGACCGCGACAAGAUGAAGAAGGCCUUCCAGAAGCUCAUCUCGGUGCCGCUGGGGAUCGACGACGAGGAGAAGUACAUCCCGCCGAACGAUGACCCCCACACCAACCUCGUCCUCGAAGCCAUCAAGAACGACCAGCUGCACCAGAUGGAGCGAGAAAGGAAGGCGCUGGCUGAGAAAUUCAUCAUGACUUCGGCGAAACUCAUUGCCCCGGCCAUCGAGUCCUCCUUUGCAGCCGGGUUUGACUGGUGUGUGGAGAUGGUGAAGAGUUCCCCGUACGUGGAGCUCGCCAACGACUUAGAGAUCAACAAGGCCAUAACAUACCUGAGACAGCGGGACUUCAAUCAGGCUGUGGAGACGCUCAAGAUGUUUGAGAAGAAGGACAGUCGGGUGAAGAGUGCUGCCUCCACCAACCUCUCCUUCCUCUACUUCCUGGAGAAGGACUACGAGCAGGCGGACCGCUACGCCGACCUGGCCAUGAUGGCCGACCGCUACAACCCGGCGGCUCUCGUCAACAAGGGCAACACGCUGUGGGUUCGAGGAGAUCAUGAGAAGGCGGCCGAGUUCUACAAGGAGGCCCUGAGGAACGACGCGUCCUGCACAGAGGGGCUCUACAACCUGGGGUUGACCUACAAGCGCCUCGGUCGCCCAGAAGAAGCUCUCGACUGCUUCCUGAAGCUACACGCCAUCCUUAGGAACAGCGCCCAGGUCAUGUACCAGCUGGCCAGCUUGUACGAGAUGCUGGAGGACCCCACGCAGGCCAUCGAGUGGCUCAUGCAGCUCAUCAGCGUGACGCCCACAGACCCGCGCGUCUUGGCCAAGCUGGGCGAGCUGUACGACAGCGAGGGGGACAAGUCCCAGGCCUUCCAGUACUACUGCGAGUCGUUCAGGUACUCCCCCUCCAGCAUCGAGGUGAUCGAGUGGCUCGGCGCCUAUUACAUCGACACGCAGUUCUGCGAGAAGGCCAUCCAGUACUUCGAAAGAGCCACGCUCAUCCAGCCCACACAAGUGAAAUGGCACCUCAUGGUGGCCAGCUGCUACAGGAGGAGCGGUAACUACCAGAAGGCGCUGGACACCUACAAGGACAUCCACCGCAAGUUCCCGGAGAACAUCGAAUGUCUGCGGUUCCUCGUGAGGCUCUGCACUGACAUGGACUUGAAGGAGGUGCAGGACUACGCCACCAAGCUGAAGAAGGUGGAGAAGAUGAAGGAGAUGAGGGAGCAGCGGGUGAAGUCCGGCAGGGAGGGCAGCUCUCGAUCGCGGCGGGACGGCAGCGCCAGCAGCGCGGGCUCCUCAUCCCCCAGAAGUCCUCCUCCUAGGAAGGUCCACGACAGUGGACAGAGCAGCCACGGUACCAGCGCCAAGGGGGAACGGCUGAGCGCCAAGCUGCGGGCGCUGCCCGGGUCCAACGAGCCCUACGAGACGAGUCGCCAGCAGGUCCUCGAUGCCUCCUACGUGGACCCGCUGGGACCGCAGCUGGAGAGGCCCAAGACGGCGGCGAGGAAGCGCAACGAGGACGACGAGUUUGCCGACGAGGAGCUGGGGGACGACCUGCUACCCGAGUAGCUCCUCCUAUCCCUGCACUCAGGCUGGAGGGACGGACGGAUGGACACAGGCACACGCACACAGGCACACGCACACAGACCCAUCCCCGUCACUUUUUAAGACGUGUUGAUCCCGUUUCGCUCGUGUACCCCUCUCUUUACGAGUUAUAGGUAGACA